AUGAGUGCCUCUUUAUCGCGGAAAAGAGCGCACACUGCUGCAGCGCUCGCUUCUGCAGGGGAAGUUUCGGUGAAACGAGCAGCUGCGUUUGAAUCUUUCGGCGAUUACAUGGCGGUGAAGGAGCAUAAACUACGUGAACAGCAACGAAAAGAUGCACAAGCUGCAACGGGGUGUCAAAACCUCGAUAGUGGUCCGAUGAGAGGGGUCUGCAUCUGGGUGGACGGUCGCACGGAUCCACCACGUGAGGUCCUGCGCACCCUCAUCACCCGUGCGGGUGGACGUUUCGAGACCUACCUGCACCGCGACUUGGUAACGCACGUAGUCGCUACGCACUUUGCAAAAGGCCGAGCAAAGGAGCUUCGCAGAGCCGCUCAAAAGCUCGGUGGCGGUGCUGGUCGCGCGUUGAACGUCGUCUCGCCCGCCUGGGUUGUCGAUAGCGUCCGAGCAGGGCGACCGCUACCAGAAUGGAAGUACAGCGUUGACGACGUCAGCAGAGACGCUCAACAAACGACGCUACCUGGUCAGACACUGCGAUCGAUCGAUGCACUAGUACGAUGCGAAACGAACGUAGCAUCGCACGUGUCGGCUGCAACAACACAGAAGCAGCAGCGCGAAACGACUGUCGAUCCGAGCGGUGCGCUGAAAGCGGAUGAAGUUCCAUCUUCACCUCUGAAUACUAGACUGGAUCAGGUUGCGUACCCGGCCAAUCAUGAAGAGAGUUUCCCACAUCUGGGUGAACUGGCGCUGCCAGAGACAACCAUGCGCGGCUUGCGCUCGAGCCGAGAGACUCCUAACUUUGUCCGCGAAUUCUUUGCACAGUCACGGCUUCAUCUGAUUGGCUCUUUCCGAGAAACUUACGAAGGAAUUUUACGCAAACUUCAACGAGAUUUGCAUUCGAUAGUGGCCGAUGCACCGCGGACCCUACCCCAUAGCUCUUGUUUUGUCCUCCACGUGGAUAUGGACGCUUUUUUUGUGUCCGUUUCUCUGGCGAAAUACCCGCAUUUGCGCGGGAAACCAGUAGCUGUAUGUCACUCGGGCUCUGGAGAACACAGUCGUGCAGAGAUUUCGUCUGCUUCGUACGAGGCUCGCGCUCGGGGUGUUCGCGCGAAUAUGUUCUUUGGUGAAGCGCUGCGCCGCUGUCCCGACCUGGUGAUGAUUCCGUACGACUUUGCUGCAUACAAGGAAGCCUGUGAGCGAUUGUAUCGAAUCCUCUUCACGGAAGCUGAUGUUGUGGAAGGCGUGAGCAUUGACGAAGCCUAUCUAUUGCUGCAGCACUGCGAAAACGUCACGCAGGCGGAGGCGAUGGCAGCCCGAAUCCGCCAGCGCAUAGUCACUGAAAUUGAAGGUUGCACAGCGUCCAUUGGCAUCGGAAGAAACAAACUUUUCGCUCGCUUAGCGACCAAGCACGGAAAAGAGAAACUCGGUCAGGGUUCUCAGUUCGUGCUCGUUGAUCGAGCGCACCCGCUGGGGUUCGGAACACCAAUGGGUGCAGACCUGCGCUCCUUUCUCGACGAAUUGCCGGUGAGGUUCGUGUCCGGGGUCGGCUGGAGCACAGAGGAACGGCUCAGGGCAGCCGUCGAAGCUGUUGCACCCGAAUCGCUGCAAGCGCAACAGCCUUUGAAGGUUGGCACCGUUCGUGCACACCUGACUCUGUCGAUGUUCGAGAAAUCGCUGGGCGCUGUUAACGGCAAUCGAAUCUAUCGCCUUCUUCAUGGAGAGGAUCCGCGUCCGGUUCAACCUAUGGGACCGCGCAAGUCUGUCAGUGCCCAGAUUGGCUGGGGUGUACGAUUCCUGGCCACGGAGGAGGACAAGGUGCGCAAGUUUAUGACUGACCUUGCUCUGGUAGUAGCGGAACGAUUACGAGAAGCGCGUAUCGCUCGCUGCAGUGUGGUCACUGUCACCGCACUUCGUCGUCAAACUGGCGCAGGUAUGCCCUACAAACCGCUCGGGCACGGGCUAUGUGAUGAGUUCUCCGCAACGAGCCCCGUAGAAUGGUAUGUUUGUGCAGGCGAUCCAUGUCUGCAGUCGAAAGUGGAUGCCGAUUUUGCAGACAUUGUCUGGAACCUCUACCAGGGCCUGCAAAUAGCACCUGAUGCCCUGCGCGGUGCUGGCGUGCACGCCCGCAAACUCGUAGAAGUGCCCGCUCACUCUGGAAUCGUACAGCCGGCCUGUGCUUCGGGCAAAGAUGGACCGCUGUCGAAUGUGCCGCAACAGUUGCCGCUACCUGCUGCCUGGCGAUCGCGUUCAUCGACAAACGCAGCGGAUAUGAGCUGUGCAGAUGCUGCGGACAAGCAGCAGCCUCCGCCUCCGCCUCCGCCUCCACGAACGAUUCCAUUGGCGAUGCCCGCGGCAGUGACUCCACGCGACCGCAAGCGCUCUCUUGCUUCGUUGCCUUCGAAUGCAGUAUCGAUGCGCAGCACUCGCCGGACCCCGGCAUCUUCCGGUGCUUUUCAUAUCGCUGACGCAGCGUCGGCUGAUAAAGCCGGAAACUCAAAAGAAGGGCAGAAACUUUUCAAACAAGCCCAUGGUGGCGAAUGGAACGAGGCGACAGGGAUCAGGAACACGCGGCCGCCGACCCCGCCUGAUGUCGAUCAAGAAGUAUGGCAUGCUUUACCGAUAGAGGUGACCCGUCAAGUCUGGAAAGAGAAUCUCGCUCAGGAGCAGCUACGUCGAUGGAAGCUGCAUCGUUCACGUCAUGCAAACGGCGUUCUGGAUCCCACGGUGCCUAUGUUUCAACCUUCAUUGCCGCUGUUUUCAGAAAUAAGAUCUAGACAAGUCGCGCUCAACGGGGCAGUGCUGUACGCUCGAGAUCUCCAGAGCUUCUGGCGCACCACGAAACCCGUCCGAACAGCUGAACGCCCCAGUGGUAAGACCUACGGGUUCGAGGACCGUUUGCGCGGGCGUGUUCCAACGGUAGCAGCAGCAGCAGCAGCAGCAUCUGUAGCAACUGCAACGGAACCGAUGCUAUCACUGGCGCAAUGGUCCUCGCUUCUGCAUGCAUACCUGCAGAAGCUCUCUUCACAGCGGGCGUAUGGCAGCGACCUGGGUUCAUCGUGGCACCAGUUCCACGUCAAAGUGCUGGCGUUUGUUGAAGAGGUGGCCUAUUCUCGGCGCUGGGCCUUUCUCUGUGCGUUCUUGGAGCUGCUUCGCGGAAAACUCUCCACUUUCAGUCGAGAUAUCCGGCCAAUCGCCGCUCUUUUGGUCAAAACCUAUGAAAAGUGUGUAGAACUCGUACAGAUCGCUUGGAUGAAGCACCAAAGCGAUCGCAUUGUUCCCGGGGCAAGCACACUACCGCCUCUGGCGAUUCAGUCGUUGACAUCCAAGUCCGAAGCACAUGACGCGUGGAAAUUUUUGCUCUUGAAUACACAGAUUCCCGAGUAA